CGCUGCGUCAGGUUCACUGUCUCGCGGUAAUCAUUGACGCUGUUCUUCUACACACUGAUUUGACGUAGACUUUCUCUCUUGCAUAUCCGAAGGACAUUUGCCACCAGCAGCCAGAGCUUCAGCAGCUUGAUCCGGCCACCAUCAGCUCCACCUCCCUCAUGAGCCUCCAGCAGCCGUCGGGGAUCUUGUUACUGGAGGAGAGCCUGCUUCACUCCACCGUCCAGGAUGAGCCUCCCAGCAAACGCGCACGCGGGCGCAGGGAAAACCCACCAGACACCAAUAAGUGGAUUCACCUUGCCAGGCUAUACAGGUCCUUGGAGGAUUACGAUGUCGUGCGAGGAAUCUUCGGCGGGAAAGUUGGGACCAAGUCGAUCACCUGUGAUGCCCUCCAAGCCGAAGCCAACACGGACUUUGCAGAAGCUGUGAAGCUUUAUAACGAGGUAGCGUUUACAAGACGUUGGAAUGUGAAAAAUGAAAAAUGCAUUAGCCUGAAUUUCCCAAUCUCGUAAA